GCUCUCCCGCUGCAAUUCAAAGAGAAGCGCGCCCCCACGGACGGCGCGGAUCGCCUGCCACUGAAACCAACGGUCCUGCGCGUGGCACGUGGCAGGAACAAAUUUCCCUCGCUUAGUUUGAAGCCCUCUAAAGCCUCCUCCUCGCCCCCAUCCCAGGUAGGGUUCUUCGUCUCCUGGGCGGGCGAUUCUUGCUCGCGCAUUGGAAUCCUCCCCGGCCCGUAGGGUCAGAGGCGCAUCGCGCGAGAGAGGUAGCUGGAUUGCUUCUUUUUUGCUUAUCUCGUUGCUUGUUUUCCCCUAAAAUCAUGGUCCUGUCCACGAUCACAGCCUGAGUCCGUGGCGCUCGCCUCUCCAUUCCGUUAGUCGUUCCAAAUCCAAGGCUCUCCCCGGCUGUGUCAGUCAGUGUGCUUUCUCCUGGUUCCACAGAGAGCGAGAGAUAGAGGAUGAGGAUUGCCUUGGGUGAGUCUGACAGGAAGCGCGCGGCAGCAUCGAGUCCCAAUGCCAGCCCCGCCGCCGCGCGAUCGCGUCCUCGCAGGCCGGAUUCUUUGCUCUCUCUCAGCAGCAGCAAGCUCUCAGACAAGGAGAACUGUGUCGGCGGCGGCCCGCCCAGGACCCGCGCCUCGCCCUUCCAUCGCCCAAACGACGAAUUCGUGUGCGUGGAGCUCCCGGUGGAUCAGAGCUACGCCAACAAGAGGCUGCGAGGGAUCGCAUCGUCGGAGGUGAGUAGCAAGGCGAGGAGCCAGGCGCCGAGGAAGAGCCGCCACAACUAUCUCAAGCCUGGGACGCUGGCAAAGGUGAGAGACGCGGCGCACAAGGCUGGACGUAAGAGGGUGGCGGAGGGCGAUGGCAUCCACGCCGCCGAGCGCUCCACUCGCUUCUUCGAUGGGGGAGUCCGCCAUGCAAGCGCCUCGCCCGAGAGAGUUCCUCACGCCGGGAUAGCUCCCAGAUGGCUGGGACCGGCUUGCCUCCAGAGGAAGAAGCUCCUGGCUCCAAAGUUCCUGGCCUUGCCACCGCUCCAGCCGGCGGCCGCCAACGAAGCUGUUCCAAUGGUGGUGGAAGAAGUUCCAGCACCAGCCGCUCGGAGUAGUAAUGAAGAACAGUCCCGGGACGCUGGGACUGGAACUGCGCAGCCGAGCAGCUCUUCGUCAUCGGUGGAAACUCUUCCGCCCGAGUUGUUGGUCCGGAUCGUUUGUCGUCUCGAUCACAACCAGCUCAAGCCCGUGUUCCACGUCUGCCGAUCGCUCCGCCAGGCGGUAAUGAUCGCGAAACAGUGUCAUUUUAAUUUCACCACACCUGGCAAGGACCAUAAGACGGUUUCGGAUGCGAAACUGGGCCAGGCCCUGCCAUUUUUGAACGAAUUCGCAGCUGUUGGCAUCUCUACGACGCCAAACGCUCCAAAGCAUGCCGAGAAAUUCCCCAAGCCGAGGUACUCCAUGGCCGACAUGAGGCAAAUCGCUGCCACGCUCUUCCAAGGCUCGCAGUCCCAACCGCUUCCUCCGAACGUAAGGGUCCCGAUGACGCGAGCGGGGGCAUCGCACAGGGUGCUCUUCAACGAGGAAGAGCUGUGCAAGGCCAUCGCCCAGAACACGCUCUGAGAAAGUUCUUCCUCUCCGGUCUGUACAAUAUAAUCCUUUGGAUCGAAUUUAAUUCUUGUUGACAAAA